AUGGCAACUGCAACAUCUUCUGCUAUCAUCACAGGCAAGCGCAAGCGGAAUGUCGUCAACUACGCCGAGCUCAAUAGCAUGGACAUCGACGACGAAGUCGCAGAUGUUAAUGCCGUCGCGAGCGAUGAAGACGAAGACGAUGAUGGUCUGCCGGAGAACGACUCGGUCUAUGGUUCUCGCAAGAAGUCGCACAUGCCUAACAAGAAGCGGGCCAAGUUUACAAAGCCUGCUGCAAAGAAGUCCACAAAGCCCUUUCCGUUCCUCUCGCUGCCCGCCGAGCUUCGGGACUACAUCUACGAGUUCGCUCUUGUAGAACCUGAAGGGUUGAAGCUGAGCGCGAAGACGAAAUCCCACCGCCGCACGAUCGCUCGCGAUACAGCAGGCUACUGGAAAUACCGCAGAGGCAGGAAGCACUGGAUCAGCUCCGACGGCGAGAACACCACCCAACACACACCCCUUGUCCCGAACCUGCUCGCCGUCAACAAACAAAUCCACGACGAAGCCGUCGGCUACCUGUACAAGCAGCAGAUCAUCCUCGAAGACACCAUGGCCCUCCACGCCUUCAUCGCAGCUAUCGGACCUACCAACCGUCUCCAGCUCGAAGACCUCGUCGUCCGUGGUUGGGGCUGCGGCAGAGGAACGCACAAGGCGAUGAAUUUCGCUUCGUUGACUCUGCUGGCUAGCUGCACGAAUCUGAAGUCGCUGUUCUUCGAUUGCAAUAUCGGUUGGAGCAGGACGGCGAAGCAGACGGCGAGGCAGUUGCAUCGGGAUGGGCAUUACUUUCUCGAGGCUUACGCGGCGGCGAAGGGGAAAGAUGCUGCUGUGGAGGUUGUGAAGCUUGUGCCGCAGGGGGAGGAGUUCGAGAGGGAGUUUCGGGAGGAGACGGGGAGGUUGUUGGGGGCUUGA